UUAGACCGCCCGCAUUACACCGGGGUUGUUUAAACACGAGUCGCGCCAUCUAUGGUGCGAUUAGGGAACCAUAAAGAACCUGAAUGUAAUUUACUAAACAUCGCUAGUACAGCACGGCUGCUUCGAGCGACUAUGUGAAAAUAAAAUGCGAUUCGGGGAGACUGAGACAAACGGCAAAGAGCUUAGGAGUUGAAAUUUAUUUCGCAUCCCAAGGUAGUCCAGCUAAAGAAUCCUCUGAAGGUCCUUGACGGGCAACCAACAUUGGACACUCUCUAGCGCUCUCCGACCCCACCUUGAGCUCGAGCUACAUCUUCCUUCUCCUUCCCUUCUGGUGUUGACCUGUUCGGCAUUGUCCAACGGUCUUCAUCAUUCCCUUCCACUCCUGGUGUGUGACCAGUUCGGCAUUGUCCAACGGUUCUCACCAUUCCUUUCCCCCCUUGGCACGAGGCCUGCUUGGUUUCACCAUCAACUCGUGCCAUUCCUUCCCCAGCAGUGGAUCUGUUCGGCAGUGUCCAACGGUCGCUGCUGAUUCUCUCCCGGUACCGGUCCACCACCACCAAAGGCCGUAAUGUCUAUCCUUUUCCUUCCCCCUCCCGGAGUAGGCCGUACCCUACAUUUUGGUCCUUCGAACCGGAUCAACGCGAGUGCCAGUUCGCGAAUCGCCGCGUCUCAGUCCGCGAUCGAGCGUUGAUCACAGUAAACGCGGUGUUCAGUGUGCAGUGAGCAGCCGGUCUACACGGACCAAUCGGACGGAUUGGGUCCACAUCGGUGAGCAGCGAGCGAGGAAAGCUCCAACGCCAGUCCUCCAGUUGCCGCCAUCUUGUGAGCAGAUCGGUGCUUCGUCCAGCGAGGGAGCUACAAACGCCAACCCUCCAGGCGUCACCAUCGUCAUCGAGAGAGCAAUCGGACGGAUUCGCUCUACAGCGGUGCGCAGAGAGCGAGGGAAGCUUCAACGCCAACCCUCCAGCUGCCGCCAUCUUCAUCCAGCACCAACUGCAAGUUGUGCGCAGAUCGGUGCUCGUCGAGCGAGGGAAGCUACACACGCCAACCCUCCAGGCGUCACCAUCUUCAUCGAGGGAACGAUCCGAGGGAUCAGUUCCACAACGGUGCUCGUCCAGCGAGGGAGCUACAAACGCCAACCCUCCAGGCGUCACCAUCUUCAACGACGGACCAAUCGGACAGAUUGGGUCCACAUCGGUGCGCAGAGAGCGAGGGAAGUUACAUCGCCAACCCUCCAGCUGUCGCCAUCUUCAUCCAGCACCACCAUUGUCAUCGAAGGAACUAUCUGACGAAUUAGUUCCACAGCGGCGCUCAUCCAGCGAGGGGUUACAACCGUCAGCCCACCAGGUGGAGCCGCACUGCAAGCAGUUUCCGAAUUCGUCAUCGGUGUUUGUGCAUCAGUGUGUAUUUUCGUCAUCAGUGCUAGUGCAGUGAAACGUCAUGCCAGUGACACGUGCGUCGACAAAGGACAUGGACACCGUGGAGUUAUCUGGAGCAGAAACUGCAGUAAUGCAGCAACCAGAAGUGUCCAUGCAAGUGCAAGUGUUGCGCAUCAAGUUGAAGGUCGUGCAUAAAAGGCUGAUCAACAUGCAGACCGAUCCAACACUUGCACAAGUGCAAUCCAAAAUGCUGGAAGAGCUGAAGGCUGAACAACAUACACUGCUGAAUCAACUCAUCGAGCAGCUACCGUAUGAUUUGGACAAGGACAUCGCUGAGGACGAAGUGUUCCAGGCCGAAUAUUUGGUGAAAGCGGCAUCUCUUCAGAGCAUGGACGUCAAGCCUCCGCCGGUGGCAGCACAACUCGUAAUGCCGCAACACCGUCUCCACAUCCCGAUGCCUACGUUCGACGGUAGCUACGAACAGUGGCCAAAGUUCAAGGCUAUGUUCCAGGACAUCAUGAGCCGAGCCAAUGAGUCUGAUGCUGUGAAACUUCAUCAUUUGAACAAGGCGUUGACAGGAAAGGCUGCCGGCAUAAUCAACGCCUCAAUGAUGAACAGCAACAACUUCGAGAGUGUAUGGGAGAUCUUAGUCCAGCGGUUCGAGAACCCCCGGUUGAUCGUCGACAAACACAUCGCCGGGUUGUUACACCUCAAGGCGCUACCCCGAGAGUCUGCAAAGGAUCUUCGUCACCUUGCCGAGACUUGUAAGGCGCAUGUUGACGGUCUCAUCUUCAUGGAGAAGCCCAUCGACGGAACCAGCAACCUCAUCAUCACCCACAUUCUGUCAUCGUGCCUAGAUGCGGAAACUCGGAAGUUGUGGGAACGCUCGUUAAAGCAUGGAGAGUUUCCUGAGCUGUACAAAACUCUUGAGUUCAUCACUCGGCAGACGGAAGUGUUGGAAAGCUGUGCAACGAAGGAGCCUCAACAACGACAACCGUCGGGAAAACCAGCGAGCACCAAGGCAUUUGUGUCAUCGACUCCGAACCCUCCGCAGCUCUGUUGCGCUUUGUGUAAGCAGCAACAUCCAUUACACAAGUGCCCCACGUUUUUAAUACUGACGACUACGGAUAAGAUCGAGAAGCUGAAAACAUUGAACCGCUGCUUCAACUGUUUUGGUACCGGACAUGCAGUUUCUAAAUGUCCCUCACCAUGGUCGUGUCGUCACUGCAAGGGCAGGCAUCACACGUUGAUUCAUGUGGAGAACUCACGUGUAACACCUGGUCCAUCACCUGUUACUGGAAGACAAUCUACAACCGCUACGACAACAUUAACCACAGUUGUGUCAUCCACUGUGUUGCUUUCGACGGCAAUGCUCAACAUCACCGACAGCGCAGGAGUCACCCAUCCGGCACGUGUUCUUCUGGACAGCGGAGCACAAUCCAGCUUCAUCACUGGCAGGCUAGCCCAAUUCCUAUGUUUACCACGCAAAUUGGUAAACAUUCCCUUGUCAGGGAUUGGUGGCAGCGCAGGAUCGAACGUGCGACACACCGUGACUACUACCAUUCAUUCCCGAUGCUCCAGUUACAAUGCAACGGUGGAAAUGUUAGUGCUUCCCAAACUGACGGUGGAAAUGCCACGACAGUACAUCAACAUCAGCCACUGGAGUAUUCCUGAAGCAUGUGUUCUGGCUGACCCGUCGUUCAACAACCCAGCGCCUAUCGACCUGAUACUGGGAGCAUCACUCUUCUACGAGAUCCUGAGGACCGGACGGCUAUCGUUGGGUGACAACAUGCCAACGCUCCAAGAAACCGAAUUUGGUUGGGUUGUCAGCGGAAACACCAUCAUCGAGGAACCAUUGUCAUCUUCAAUGUGUGCAGUCGUCACGCACACCAACGAGCUGGACUCUUUGAUGAAGAGAUUCUUCGAACUAGAAGAGGUGAGCGGCACACCAAGCUGGAGCAACGAAGAACGUGCGUGUGAGGAGCAUUAUACAGCGACAACUACCACAGACAUCAACGGUCGAUACGUGGUUCGACUUCCCCGGAAAGCCGAAAUGAUCGGCAAACUUGGGGACUCAAAGACCAGCGCACUAAGAAGGUUCUUAGCAAUAGAACGACGACUUCAAAGAGAACCGGAAACUCAACAAGCCUAUGUUGAUUUCAUGAACGAGUACCUUCGCUUAGGUCAUAUGAGCAAGGUGGCAGCUACAUCGAUGGACGCUGAGACGUUCUAUCUACCUCAUCAUCCGGUCUUCAAAGCCGAUAGCACCACUACCAAGUGCCGUGUCGUCUUUGACGCAUCGAGCAAAUCAUCAACGGGAGUAUCAUUGAAUGAUACGUUAAUGGUCGGGCCGACCAUUCAACAGGAUGCUACCUCCAUUUUGAUGCGGUUCCGUACAAGGGCUGUUGCCCUCACAGCAGACGUGGCUAAAAUGUACCGGCAGGUUUUGGUACAUCCCACCGAUCGAUCCCUGCAACGCAUCCUGUGGCGGAAUUCACCAAACGAGCCCAUCGAGGAGUAUGAGCUCAACACCGUGACGUAUGGGACAGCAUCUGCACCGUUCCUGGCAGUACGAUCAUUACAACAAACGGUAGAAGAUCAUGGGAAGGAAUAUCCGGCUGCAGCUACGCGAUCCUGUGACUUCUACGUGGAUGAUUUCGUGUCUGGAAGUGAUUCGCCGGCAGAGGCUGAAUCCCUACAAGUACAAACGGCAGAAUUGUACGCGAAGACGGGGUUCGAGCUACGAAAAUGGGCUUCCAACAAGCCAUCCGUGCUACAGCAUGUGGACCAACAGCAGUUAGCAGCCACUCCAUCUGCUGAAUCGGGAGCCGAAGGAGUUCUGGCAACUCUUGGUUUAGUUUGGGACUCAUCUUCCGACAACAUGAGUUUCAACAUCAACGCGCCCUACGUUAUUGGGCCAAUAACGAAGCGGAAGGUCCUUUCUUGCAUCGCCAGGAUCUACGAUCCUUUGGGAAUUGUUGACCCAGUGAAAGCCAUGGCGAAGCAAUUCCUCCAACGUAUCUGGACUCUUCAGACGGACCAGCAACAUCCCUGGGGAUGGGACGACGAACUACCGCAUCACCUUCAAGGACAAUGGAUCAACUUCCACAACCAAUUGAUCCAUCUACAGGAGCUACACAUUCCUCGUGUAGCAAUUGGACCUGACAGCAUCUCUAGCCAAUUCCAUUUCUUUUGCGACGCGUCAGAAAAGGGAUAUGGAGCAUGCUGUUACAUCAGGAGCUGCAACGAACAGGGAGUCGUCACGAUUCAACUGUUCGCCUCGAAGACGAAAGUGACACCAAUAAGCAGCAAGCACUCCAUCGCCCGACUGGAAUUGUGCGCAGCACAAUUAGCCAGCUUGCUUUACAAUCGUGUGAAGUCAGCUGUCGAGUUGCAAUCUCCAGCUACAUUUUGGACGGAUUCAACCACCGUGGUGCAUUGGCUACGAGGAUCACCAAGCUGCUGGAAGCCGUUCGUCGCCAAUCGUGUCUCGCAAGUGCAACAGCUUACAACUGGUUGUGCUUGGCGACACAUUGCUGGAAUAGACAACCCAGCGGACCUUGCAUCACGCGGCUGCCUGAGUAAGGAGCUCCUCAACAAUCCGUUAUGGUGGCAGGGCCCACCAUGGCUAAAUCAACCGGAAGAGCAAUGGCCGGAAUCAUCGAUAUCGUCAUUUGACGACGACGCUGCCGCAGAAAGACGCGCCUCUACAGUGGCCUGUGCAGUUGUCGAGAAACCGCACCAUCGCGUCUUCACGUUAUACUCAUCGUUCUCGAAGCUCAGAAGAAUGAUGGCGUAUUGGGUUCAAUACUUCAACCGUUGUUCAAAACGUCGAUCGUAUACUGGCCCUGGUAUCACGACAGCAGACCUGAAGGAAGCAGAGGAAGUAAUGUGCCGAUUAGCGCAGAGGGAUUAUUUCACACAAGAAAUAAGAGCACUACAACGGAAGGAAUCAAUUUCUUCGUCAUCGAAGCUGAAGUGGCUGCAUCCGCAGCUGGGAGCAGACGGCAUCAUUCGUGUUGGUGGCAGGCUUAGCAACGCAUUGCUAUCAGAGGACACCAAACAUCCUAUCGUGGUUCCCAACGGACAUCCGUUAGCCCAUCUGCUGAUGGAUCAUUUCCACAAGACGCUGCUACAUGCGGGACCACAGCUGAUGCUGAGUACGAGCCGACAACGAUAUUGGAUCUUGGGCGGCAGAAACCACGCGAGAAGGACUUAUCAUCAGUGCCUCACCUGUUUCCGUGCCCGUCCUAUCUCAUCAGAGACACUAAUGGCAGAUCUCCCUUCGACGAGAGUGACUUCCAACCGACCUUUUUCAAUCACGGGGAUUGAUUACUGCGGUCCAGUUUUUGUGAAAGGCGCAUACCGGCGAGCAGUUGCUACAAAGGCAUAUGUAGCCAUCUUCGUGUGUUUCGCCACUCGUGCAAUUCACAUCGAACUUGUUUCCAACUUGACGACGGAAGCAUUCAUCUCAGCGUUACGUCGAUUCGUGGCACGCCGUGGACUUCCAGCAGAGUUGCAUUCAGAUAAUGCAACAAACUUCAAGGGAGCAAGCAACCAGCUAAAUGAAGUCUACAAGCUGUUGCAUUCAUCACAUCAUCAAAGGAGCAUCCGGACAUGGACCUUGGACAGGAGGAUUACGUGGCACUUCAUUCCACCGCGAGCUCCCCAUUUCGGUGGGCUUUGGGAGGCGGCUGUGCGCUCGAUGAAACACCACCUAGUACGAGUUGUAGGCAAAACGUCUCUCUCCUUCGAAGACAUGGCGACGCUGCUGACCGAAAUUGAGUCAUGCCUCAAUUCUCGGCCAUUAACACCGCUGACCGAUGACCCCACUGACGUGACGGCCCUUACACCCGGACAUUUCCUGGUUGGAUCGCACCUCCAACAUGUUCCAGAUGCCGAGACAGCGGGCGUUCCUGAAAAUCGGUUGACACAUUGGCGACAUGUUCAACAACUAAUGCGUCACUUCUGGAACCGAUGGCAUAAGGAGUACUUACAGCAACUCCAACCGCGUUCGAAAUGGUAUAAGGAUGAUGAAAGGGCUAUCGUUCCAGGUACGUUAGUGAUCAUCAAGGAAGAUAAUGUACCACCACUUUCUUGGCUGUUAGCACGAGUAGUUGAGGUCCAUCCUGGAAAGGAUGGAAAGGCUAGGGUAUUUACACUGCAAACCAGUACCAAGACUAAGGUAGUUAGGCCUCGCGUAAAGCUAUGCGUUAUACCCACGGCAGUAGGAAAUUAUUGAAAUUUCUCAAUUUCAAGGUGGCAGGAUGUUCGAGAUUUAACGCGCCUAAAGUUAGACCGCCCGCAUUACACCGGGGUUGUUUAAACACGAGUCGCGCCAUCUAUGGUGCGAUUAGGGAACCAUAAAGAACCUGAAUGUAAUUUACUAAACAUCGCUAGUACAGCACGGCUGCUUCGAGCGACUAUGUGAAAAUAAAAUGCGAUUCGGGGAGACUGAGACAAACGGCAAAGAGCUUAGGAGUUGAAAUUUAUUUCGCAUCCCAAGGUAGUCCAGCUAAAGAAUCCUCUGAAGGUCCUUGACGGGCAACCAACAUU